GUUACUGCGCAUGCACAGCUUCCCAGUGCGCAUGCUCAGUCAUAGCAAGGCAGUAGAACGGAGCGGAUUCUCUCGCUACCUCCCGCCGCUGGUCUGUAACGGGCCUCCCGCGCUGCCGCCUUGCUAUCCGACCCCACGCCAAGUGACUGAAAUGCCGAUGAAAGAGGAGAUCCUUUCUGAAGAGCAACCAGCCAGCCUGUGGUGAGAAGCAUCUAAGUUUGUAAGGACAUUGAAAGUGAUAAGUGAAUAAACCUGUGGAUAGUUUAUUACAGGAUUGGCUACAAACAUUGUCUUUGGCAUAAGAUCUAGGGUACCAACUGAUUUGGGGGGAGCCCUACCCCAGCAUGAGGUGCUCAGCAGAUCAUUCCCAGUGACCCUGUAGUCCGGACUGCAGCAAGGGAAAGAUCCUGGUGGGGGAGAAGUUUCCAGAUGGAUUCCCAUAUCAAGUGCAUCCCUCACCCACGUAGAAAAGCUGUCUUGAAAUACUGACCAGCUGUAAGCGAUGUCCAGUGACCCUCCCCCACCCUACCCAGGGGGACCUUCUGCACCGCUAAUAGAAGAGAAGAAUGGCCCACCCACCAUGUCGGACAGAGUCUCCACUGCUGGAGUCCAGCCUUAUGGGAUGCCUGUGCCCCCUUCAGAUUUUGGGCCACCCCCAUACGAGCCACCCCUGCAGCCAGGCUACAUCCCCCCUCCCGUUUCUGCAGAUGGCUCUGUGCCCUACAUGCCCCAUGGUUAUUAUCCACCCCCAGGACCUCACCCUCCCAUGGGCUAUUACCCGGCUGCAGGACAUUACCCCUCUCCUGGUGGCCACACAGCAACUGUCAUUGUACCAUCGGGGGCUGCAACCACGGUCACUGUGCUGCAAGGGGAAAUAUUCCAGGGCAGCCCCGUGCAGACGGUGUGUCCUCACUGCCAGCAGGCCAUCACCACCGCGAUCACACAUGAGAUAGGUCUCAUGAACUUCCUCCUCGGCUUCUUCUGCUGCUUCGUCGGAUGUGAUCUGGGCUGCUGCUUCAUUCCAUGUCUAAUAGACGACUUCAAGGAUGUGACCCACACUUGUCCCAACUGCAAAGCCUACAUCUACACGUACAAGCGCAUGUGCUAACAGCACCCCUGGGAGCCACACCUGCUGGAAUGACGUCAGUCCCUCCUCCACGCCGAUCUACACGUGCCGAAUGCUCCUUUGCUUAGCCCUUCGUUGGUAGUGUGUGUUUAUUUCCCCUUCCAUUUUAAAAGAGCUUCGAAUGCUGUAGUAGAGCGAUGGUACUCACACACUGACAAGGAAGCUGUAGGCCCACACCGCAAACAGCUAGAGCUGGUGUAUAGAUGUGAGCUCUGACAGGUAGCUGGGCUAGGCUAUGAGAUUGAAUAGCUGCACCACUCACCUUGCCGUUCCAGCCGUCCCGUCUCGUCUCAUCCUUACAGCUGUUUGCAGAGGGCUUAGAACUAGGAUUGCAAAUGAGGCAUCAGACUGCACAGAAGACUUUUUUCCUUUCCGGAUUAUGUUUGCCCGUCAGAGCCACCUCUGUUGGUUUGUCCUACCUCACUUUCCUGCAUCCCCCCCAUCAGUCACUGUUGGUAGCCACUGUUAAAGGAGACAGUGAUGUAAGGCAGACAUCCUUCAACAGACAGCAUGCAGGGACUGCCAUUCCAAUGGGCUCUUGCCCAGUUAGUGAUAGACUGAGCCAUUGCAAUAGGGGGGCGCUUUCCUUCCAUUCCAUGAUGGCAGCUCGCUUAUUUCUCUAGAAGCUGUGAAUACGUCUACUCCCACAGGACUGUGGGGUGCUGGGGUACUCCUGUGCUCACCAGCUCGGUCUCUUUUUAAGGCAGACAGAUCCUGUAGUUGUUUAGUUGAGUGUUGCAGUUCUCUACAAACCACAAAUUCAAAGCAAGCACAUCCGUCCAUCCCCAGGAAAUGCAGUGCUUCUGACUGUUUUUCUUUGGAUACCUACACUCACUCAGUUUCUCUGCUUUGUCUGUAGGCUAGCAGCAAGGGGGUGCAUGUUGCUGGACAAAGAUGGGCUGUUGUCCUUGGACUACGUAGUGUGAAAGGGAAGGUUUAUUUUAGGGCCAGUGUUUGUUUAGUUCUGUAUGUUGUGCUUUUACAUCUGGCUGUGCCAUGCAGCUGAGUAAAGCUAAUGUUUGUUUCCUGCCUUGGAGCCCAGCCAGCUCUGCCUUGCACUGAAGGAGACGGGGAAGCAGCAGCUCUGUUUAGUUUGCAGGUGGCCAGGGCAUGUUUUCAGGGGUGCGGUUCUGUUUCUUUUGAAGUGCUUUGGGAUCUUAGAGCUUCAGGUGUCAGUCCCUAGGUCUGGCUCUUCCAUGGGUGUAAUGGCUCCUGUAGCCCCAGGGUGAUCACACACAGCAGCCCAGAGGCCGUGGGUUACAGAAGGCAUCUGCCACCAUUUGAGGCACAGAUGAAGAGACAGGCCUUUAUUUGCAGUGUGGGUGCAGGCAUUAACCCACCAAUUCUGUAUGGAAAUUGGCAGCUACUAGAAAUCCCCAUCCUCAGUUGUCUUGAGAAACUUUCCUUACAAAGCCAGGGAGGGGGAAUGGAGCAGUAGCUCCUGCUGUGAGUCUGCCGGAAUCAUGAAGCCACUUUUACUCUUCGGGUGCUGCAGACCCUACCAUAUGCCAAGGGAUGUGAAAGCUCAGCCUGUGGGAGGCAGUGAGGGUUGGUUCUCUCUGGAACUCAGCAUUAAGUAGCAGUUUUUUCCCUGCUCCCCCACCCACCCCACCCCCAAAUCUAGUGAACAAUGAGCAUGAGAAGAGAGCUAGAAGAAUGGGCCUUAUCUUGUUCCCAUUCGUUCAGUGGAAUUCAGGUGCUUCAGGCCCUCUGUGCUCCAAGCUCUCCCAUGGACUAGCUGGAGCUGUCUGUCUAGUGUGAAAUAAUAGAAACCAUGUGUGCAUCUGCCUUUCCUUUGCCUUGACUUUCUAAUAAGCUUUCACCUGGGCCUCAGUGGUGUAGCCAUUAGCCUUUGUCACCAGAGACCUGGGUUCACAUCAGUAGCCAAUCACAAGUGCAAUGGGCUUGGUGACCUCACUGAAUAUCUUAUCCAAAUCCAUCAGCCAGUCAGGAGUCUCCAGUCAAGAGCACUCUCCCCUGUCAGAGUAAGAGGUGGGGAAGCCUGAGGAGUCCCCACACUCAUCUGCCUUCAUCACCCUCAGCUCUAGCCGCUGUGGUCAGCCUCCCUCCUGCCCCCUACUGAAAGACCUGUCUAUUGAACCCACACAGUGCAGUGAAAGGGAAGGUGGCUGACUCUAGCCAUUUCUGGCUAUGACAGUAUUAUGCUGCUCUCUUCCUAGGCAUGUAGGUUUGCAGCAUAUGCCUUGUUCUUAUUUUGUUCUGUUCACAUUUGUUUAAUGUCUAUGUUUGGGGGAUAGAAAAACUGGUGAAUCUCUCUCAAUGCACUUUUUCACUGUGCUACCUAGGGCCCAAUGUUUCAUUACUCCCCACUAAUAUGGCAGUGCAUCCAAGUGGGUAGAUAACUCAGUGCAGCACUGUAGGGGAGCUUGUUUUUAUUUUAAUUUAACUAUAUUAUUUAAAUGGCCACCAGGUUGUAACUAACUUACCAGAAAUGUGAAUCCUCUACCCUUCAAGCCCAGUCAGUUUUUGCAUGAAAAUGAAGAGUCACUGUCCAGAGGUCCAUCACUAAUGGGUAUGGUAUGAAUUAGUCUAUGCACAGGGUUCUGUUCUGGUUCCUUUUUUAUACAAGGAAGAAGAAAUGUACAUUUUGGAGGGUUAAAAUUAGCUGAUGUUAUUGGGAUGCUGAGCCCAAGGCUAUUCAGGGAGCCUUUGCUGAACCUCCAUUUUUCAGUGGCUCUGUAUUUCAGUUUAUUCCAGCUGACGUAAUCCUUUCUGGUUUGUGUCUCUUGAGUGCAUGCUAUCAAAACACAGUGAAGAUCUGCUCUUUGUCUGUCACCCCCCUCAUUAAACUAGGUCAGAUGUAUGCACGUGGGGGCUCUAGCCCUCCAGGUCAUGAAUGUGAAAUGGUUGAUUUUGUUCUUUAAGCUGAUUGGUUAGAGAGAAACAGCCCAAAGCAUGGCCCUGACUUUGUUUGAUGUCAGGAGUGAAUUAUUCUGUACUUAAAAAGCAAACUGCUGGCGCUUUUACAUAAUAUUUGUAUAUAAAUAAAAGACAGAGCCUGA